AUGAAGUCGACGAGGGGGAAGACUGUGCCCAAAGACAUACACUUGGCUAUCCGAGUUGUUACUGCUAGUGUAUGCAGUAGCAGCAUCUCCAUCGAGAGGUCAAUGGAGAAUAUAUGGCAUCAUCGUCGUGUGGCGGAGAAUGCUUCCAAGGCCUGUUGGAUAUGCUACAAGCCUACCACGAGCGUUCUGAUCACACCCAACAACAAGGAUUUCUUCUAUAUCUGCGCUGGGCAUCUUUCAGAUCGAGGAUUCUGCUUACCAGAAGCCGAUGAGGCAAAGAGAGUCGAGGAAGAGAAGAAAAAGGAUGAGUUGGAUCGUGAGAUCGAGGCAGUAAAGAAAGAGUACGAAGAGAAACAGAAGAUCAAGCGUGAAAAGCGGAAAGGGAAAGAUAAAGAAAAGGACAAGGAGAAGGAAAAAGAAGCAAAGAAGAAGGAGGAUGACGAAGAUAAGGGAGAUGAGAAAGCCAAAGACGAGAAGAUCAAAGAAUUGUCCAAAACCAAAGACCAGGCUCAGGCUGAAAUUGGUCCCCGCAUAUACCAACUCAACAAGAACUUUUAUCAAAUGAGGCUAGACAAGCUGCGGAAUGUGGAAAUUGCUAAACGAAACCGCGAGAGGCUGAGCAAUCCUGCAAACUUCCCUUCAGUACCCAGUGGCAACCCAUAG